GAGGCAUCAGCCGUUUGGUCAUGUGACGAAACGAAAUGUCAACAUCACUGUGUGCUGCACUAUGAAACCAACAAAUUACAACUAAAACGGCGUUUCCCUUCACGUACGGAUGUGAAAAUGCUUUAGUUCUCUCCUAGGAAAGUGUAACUUUAUGUUAACCCUCCAUUUCGUGGCUGUCACCGCGCAGGAUGGCUGUAUCUCCCGAUGGCCAGUCCUCCCUGGUACAGAGUCUGGCCAAACUCCUCCGAAAUGAUGGCGACUUGGUGCUGGAUGGCAGCAGCACGCUGACGUUGCCGGCAGCCAGCUUGCAGCAGCUCACCCGGCUGUUUGAGCAGUACCUGCUGUCCAGGAGCCAGCAGCACGGGUUCCUCGCACUGCCGUCCCACCCUGCCGACACCGCGUCACUGCUGCAGCUGCAGUUCCUGUUCGACGUCCUGCAGAAGACCAUCUCCCUCAAGCUCAUCAACCCUCCAGGGACGAGACUUCAGUCUGUGGUGAAAAUCUUCCCCUUCAAGUCGUUGAAGUAUUUGGAGCUGAAGCGAAUCCCUCCACACUGUCUGGAGGGACUGCGAGGGGUUUACUCUCAGCUGGAGGUCUUCACAUGUUCGAAGAGCCUCAGCUCCCUGGAGGAGCUGCUUUCUCUGUGUGGAGGCGACCUGAGCUCUGCGCUGCCUUGGCUGGAGCUGCACACUCUGAACUUCAGCUACAACUCCAUUGUCUGCCUUGACCAGUCACUAAGUUUACUCAACGUCCUGAAGUCUUUAGAUUUAAGCCAUAACAAGAUUCAGGAUUGUGCUGAAUUCCUAAAGCCCUUGAGUGACCUGGAGCACUUGAACCUGGGCUACAACUGCCUGCAGAGGGCGCCAACGCUGGGCCUGAGCGCCAGAGCCAAACUGCUCACACUGAACCUCAGGAAUAAUGAGCUGGAGACUAUCAACGGUGUUGAGCAGUUGUCUUCACUCCAGCACUUAGACCUGGCCUACAACCUCCUGCUGGAGCACUCCCAGCUGGCUCCUCUCUCGCUGCUGCACUGCCUCAACACACUGAACCUGGAGGGCAACCCGCUGUUCUUCCAGAAGACUCACCGCAACUGCACCGUCCGACACCUGUCCCCGAAGGCUGCAAACCUUCGACUCAAGCUCGAUGGUAUCCCGCUGUCCUCAUCCGAGCUAUCCGUUUUGCCCAAAGCAGGCCAGCUCAUCGCCCAUAUACAGACCGCACCUCCAGCUGCAGCGCAGCCUGAACGCAGUAACCAGGAAGUGUCGAGCGGUGCAGGGGAGCUCAGCGACAGCAUGUCGGUGGCUGAAGUGGGAGUGUCGCACCUUCGGAAGAAGAAGUCCAGAAGUAAGGUGAAGGUGCGGAGAGCCAGCAUAUCCGAGCCGAGUGACACAGAUUACGAGCCCAGGCUGCGUUCUUCAGCUCAAGGCAUCGUUCUCCCCCACCAGCAGGAGAUCGAGCGCAUGUCCAGCUUCAGGGAUCAGCUGGGUGAGGAUUGGCUGAGGUACCAACAUCAUCUCGACGGAGCUUCCGCCUCUACCAACAACACAAACCAACCAACCACCCACCCUCAGCCCCUCCCCAACGGCCUCAACACCACCACACGUGCGUCCACCAGCCCCGGGCAUCAUGUUCCGGAGGUCCUUCCCCCGCUGCUGCUCUCGCCCGAGCCCAAGUCGGAGACGUCAAACGUGGAGGCAGAUCUGGAAACAGAGUCCACCCUGCAGUGGACCGCUCACAGCCCUCAGCACACAGAGUCCACUCUGGAGUGCAGCGUGGUGGACGGACCAGCGGUGGGCUCGCCUAAGCCGAGUCCGGAGUCUCAACGGUCGGCUCGAGGGGCGAGUGUGGACACCAAGGAAGAAGAAGAGGAGGAGGAUCUGGGAGUCGACCUGUGUCACCCCCUGCUUGUGGGCGUCCUAUCCGACAAAGAGGAAGAUGGAGAGGGUCCGGGCGGGAGGAGCAGCAGGAGGGAGGUGUUCCUGCGCGUCACACAGCACCUGGUGCUGGAGGUGGACAUGCAGCGCGGACGCGAGAGGUGCCGCCUGGAGCUCGGCAGCCUGGCCCGGGUGGAGACCACAGAGGCCGCCUGGACCCGAGGGGAGACAGAAGAGAUGCUUCCAGCUGCAGAGCUUCAGUUCGACUACAUCAACAGGGAGAAACGGAGGAAGUGCUACGUCCUGCUGGAUGAUGACCCACAGCAGGCACUGCAGGCCCUGACUGACGUGCUGUCCCAUGUGGCGGAGGAAAACCAGCGUCGCGACUCCGAGCUCCGCCCCAGCUGCGUUCGCCUGCAGUGCCUCCGCUGCAGGUCAGAGUUCACUCGUAAGGCGGAGAGCAGCGAGGAGGAGGCGACGAGGAGGAGAGGGGCUGCGAUGCUGCCAGAAGGUGUGAAGGAGCAGGGUGACGAGGAGCCGACGGAGGGUGACGAUGAUGGCAAAGGGAACUGUAAUAUUUGUCCAGAGUGUGGCAGCGAUCAUGUGGUUCAGCUGGCUGUCCAAUCGCCUCCCUACUGCAGCACACCCAUCCGUGGCUCAUCGAGACCCGACAGUGAGGACGAUCACCUCGACAUCAAGGACGAUCACACAGAUGCGAGCAUCAGCAGCAGUCCCGUCCUCCGAGCUGCCACCACCACCACCACCACCACAGAGGACCCCACCUUCAUCACCGCCCAGGGAAGCUCCUUCUUCAUCGAGGCCGGUCAGGGCGAUAUCUCCGGCAUCUCCUACAGCACAGACUGCCAGAGUAAAGAGGAUCUGGCUGGGAGCUACCACUACACCGCUGAGAGCGCUACGCCACCUGACGUCCACACACACCCUGCAGGAAGAUCCACCCCGAAUGAUGAUUUGGACCUACUGUCUGAGGACUACGAGGCGGUGGACCAUCGGCUGCAGCUCUUCCUGGAUGUGGAGGUGUUCGAGGAGGAAGAGGAGCUUCACUCUUUCCUCAAGAUGUCAGCUGUCAAAUUCGGGGAGCCCGGGGAGAUUCCCUCUCUGUUGGUGGUGUCAAACCAGAGAAUCUAUUUCUUGGAAAUGACAUCAGAAACUCACAGAGGCCAGCUGUCCGAUUGGCUGCAGAAGCGGGACAGCCACCCAAUCAUGGAGCUCAGCUACCUGGAGGUGGGGCUUGGCUCUCAGAGCAUCCACAUGGAGUUUGGGGACGGGGGCCCGGCCUACACUCUACUCGUACGGGACAGCUUACGUUGCAAGCGCUUUUUUGGCCUGUUGACAGGAAUUGUGCGCGAGAUGGCCCACAAAUCGGACAGCAAGCUGAAGUCCAUCUCCACCACGAGACUCGACCCUCAGCACCACCUCUGGCCUCUGGUGUGUGAAGACAUCCAGGCUGACGUGGAGGACGGACAGCUGCAGUUUUUCUACAUUCUGGCGUUUGUUCUGCGAGAGGAUAUCUGGACGCCCCUGACAGCCCUGGCGACCCGGGAGACCCUGUACCUGCUCAGAGAGGAUCACCAGUGGAGGAAAAGCUCCAACAGCCUGACGGUGAAUGAAAACAAAGAGCCGAGCAGUGGCAGCGUCACCGUUUUGGAAACGCUGCCCAUCAGCUGCGUGAGCUCCGUCCACCUGUGGCCUUCAGAUGAGUGCAGGAUGGAUAUCAAGCUUUACGAUGAGACGGUGAAACAGGAGAAGACGUGGUGUGUGCGCUCGGAGAGCACCGAGCUCCUCCAGGGUCUGCUGGCCUGGGUCAGAGCGCAGUGGGAGGCCAUGUUCGGAGUGAAACUGCACACAAGCCUGCAAGACAAAGCGGCGUGAUGGCGGGGGAGGGCAUGAAGACGGAGAAAAGACUUCCAAGUUUCUGUGUGUGUGUGUGUGUGUGUUUUUGCGAGCAUGAAUCUGUGUGUUGGUACUGGGAGAUGUUUGUCUUUAUUUUCUCUCCACGCAGUCUGCACUCAGUCUGCUCCCAUUACGCUUGUUGCUUUCUUCGUCUCCUAAGCCAAGAGCUUGGAAAUGAUUGCACUCAUUCAUGUGGCACACAAGCCUGUAAAAAAGCACCGGUUGCAUAAUGUUUCCCUCCAGAUACCAACUCUUCUGCAGCUGAAAUGGAGUGUGCCUUGUUCCUUUUUUCAGCUGCCAUGUUUUCCUGUUGAAAUCCUCCGACCUUAAUGGAUCUCGUGUGUUCGUCAAUGGCAGAGCUGAUACGGAGCAGAUUUUGGGGGGGGGGGGAACCGAGAGAGCGUAAAGAGUCGGAGUCCUUCCUCGCCGCGUCAGGGUGCACUGAGUUGUGACAUCACGCGCUCAGCCACGAGGCCGGAGGUGCUCCUGAAAGCCCCCAAGGGCUCGAGACGCUGUCAUCAGGGGUCACCUCACACCUUCCCGCCCCCCAAUUAGGGUCUCAUGAUGCAUCAUGUGAGCAGAAAAAGGAUACCAGAAGUGCAAAACUGCAGAAAUCCUGUGAACUCCUAAAAGAUGAACAGUAGCGGCUCUUUUUUUUUUUUUUUUCCCUGUUUCCGUAACGCGGUCGUGCUUUUUUGUUUACGUUCCGACGGAGAACAGUCAGAACUGGAUAAGCGCUGCGGAUUCACGUUCCUGAAUAUCUCAACAUCUGUUUAUUUAGUUCAUGAAUGGGUCGUCAAAUGGAAUCCAGAACAUCUGCAGCUGUGUGCGUCACGUCUGUAGACGUCUGUAUGUGUAAAGAUUUAGAUUAAUCCGUGUAAAGUAAUUUAUUUCUUUUGUUAGUGUUUUUUCAAUGUGGGUUAACGCAAAAUGUCUUUUAUUUUUAUAUCAAACAAAUCUGAUGUGUGACGUGUAUAACUGAAGAUAAACGUGAGGUGUUUAUUUCUG